CUUAUAUAUAUAUGGCUAUAGAACAGCAACACGAGUUGUCGAAUUAUUUACCUUUAAAUACUGUUGAUGAUAGCAACAGUGUCUCGAUAAAUCCCGCAAGUUCCACCUCAAUCUCAUCAGCUUCAUCGAUGCAAUCUUCUAGAUGGAAGACAAAAGAAUUUUAUUUUUAUUAUGCUUGUGUUGCUGUGGUUGUGCCCUACAUGUUUUAUGUAGCUUCUGAUCUCAGCCAAAGUGAACACCCAAACUAUUACCUGUAUAGCAACUUAUUAUCCAAUGGUUGGAUCUUCAAUCGAAAAGUGGAUAAUAGCGACAUGCAAUACUCACAGUUCCGUCGCAAUAUUCCUCUAUUAUUCGCAUUGGCAUGUGUGUAUCUUAUUGCAAGCCAUAUUUACAAAUCGUUGCUCAAGUCCAAAAAGAGAAAACUUCAACAAACCUACUUUUAUUUGGCUGCUUCAAUUAUGGUUAUCAGUGCACUACAUGGAACCAGCUGUAUCAAGAUUUUAAUCAUCAUCACCACAAGUUAUCUAAUUGGACAAUCCACGGGUGGGUCGUAUUGGAACCCUUUUUUGACUUGGACAUUCAAUUUGAUAAUCUUAUUCUUGAAUGAAUAUUACAAAGGCUAUGAAUUUAAAUCGAUUGGACUAUCUUUAUUGGAUCAACAUAAAGGCAUUUUACCCAGGUGGCAUGUAUUCUUUAAUUUUGGUAUGCUUCGACUUGUAUCUUACAACAUGGAUUAUUACUGGCAAUUUAAGAAGCCAAGAACACAGUAUCAUCAUAUCAUGGGUGAGGAUGCAUUUACGACAGAUAGAGAACGUAUAGCCGUACCAUGUAACUUUGAGGAUUACAACUUUUUCAACUUUUUGACAUACAUCCUCUAUACGCCACUUUAUAUUUGUGGCCCCAUCAUCACGUUCAACGAUUUUAUAUCGCAGAUCAGAACACCAUCCUCCAAAUUAACACUCAAAUAUGUUAUAACGUAUGCCGUUCGACUCGCUGCAGUUCUUUUAGUGAUGGAAUUCACGUUACAUUACAUCUAUGUGGUUGCUAUUUCCAAGGCACAAGCAUGGGAUCAUGAUACUCCACUUCAAUUAAGCAUGAUUGGUUAUUUCAAUCUAGUGAUUAUUUGGAUGAAGCUACUGAUCCCCUGGAGAUUUUUUCGACUAUGGGCAUUGGCAGAUGGUAUCUGGCCUGAAGAGAAUAUGAUUCGAUGCAUGAGUAAUAAUUUCUCUGCGCAAAGAUUUUGGAAGAGUUGGCAUCGAAGUUUUAACAGGUGGACAAUUCGAUACAUUUAUAUUCCAUUGGGUGGGUCGCGUUAUUUUGCGUUUAGCAUGUGGGUCGUCUUUACAUUUGUAGCAGUCUGGCAUGAUAUCGAACUGAAAUUGUUGGCGUGGGGUUGGUUGAUCUGUUUAUUCUUGUUACCUGAGAUUAUUGGAUCAAAGAUCUUUACAUACAAAAAGUUUGGACAUACAUCCUAUUAUAGAAUCGUGUGUGGGUUAGGAGCCGUCGGAAAUAUUCUGAUGAUGAUGGUAGCUAAUUUGGUCGGUUUCUGCUUAGGACUGGAUGGUAUGAAGGCCAUGUUGGUUCAGAUCUUUAGCUCUACGGAUGGUCUCAUAUUCUUAGUCACUGUUAUAUUUUGUCUUUUUGUGGCAGCACAAAUUAUGUUUGAAAUCAGAGAAUCCGAAAAAAGAAGAGGCGAUCCUAAAUGGACCAUGUAAAGAAGAAAAAUACCCCCUACCUUAAUCCCAUAUUCACACACUUUUAUGUAAAUAUCCUUUCAAAUAAACUAUAAUACAAAUUUUUAUU